AUGUUCGCGACUUACUUGGAGUUCGUCAGACUGCUUGAAAACAACCGAGCAGAGCAUGGAAAGGACCCUAAAGUCUGGAAGAGGAAGUGGCAGCCGAAUGACUGGAUCAAAGAAUCCAUUCUCCCAAGUCGCGCCCUCAUCGUUAUGUCCAUCGAGCUUCAGAUGCCUUUUGAGUGUGCCCUCGCCCUUGUUGCUGCGGUCCACUGGACCAUGGACAUUGCUCAACGAAGAGACGCCAACACCCGGGUGCCGACAAUGUCCCCAGAGGAUGACGAACCUCCGGAUUGCUUGUGGCCAACUUAA